CUCUGAACUUAACAGUAGCACUACAGUUUAUUGCAGGCAUUCUUAGCAGUCGCAAUGGCAACCAAGAUUCAGAUAAUGAUCAUUGCGACAUUGGCCGUUCUUGCCCUCUUGCAGUCAGUAGGAGCACAAGGACAUUCCUUCACGCAACUCAGUAACGGUUUGGGCUUCAAGUACAACUACGGAAUCCAACACGACUACCACGGACAUGCCUACGGCUCCAGUUACCCCAACGGCUAUGGCGGAUUUGGUGCUCCAGCUGCUGGAAUUUCCGGAGGCUAUGCACGAGAAUACACGGGCGGGUUUGCUGGAGGAUACUAAUUCAACUUGUCCUUUGCUGUUUUGUGGUCCUUUGAUUUGUUAUGUGAUUGUAUAGCUGUAUGAUAAUUAAAUAUGAUUUGAACCUUGAAA